AUGGCACUGUAUCUGGGCUUCGACAGCUCCACCCAGAGCUUGAAGGCCACAGCAGUGCGAGCAGCGGACUUGCAGGUCUUCAAGAGGUAUGUCGUCAACUUCGACAGCGAGCUGCCGCACUUCAAGACCUCCGGUGGCAUGACCGCGUCGGACGUACCUGCUCGCGUCACCUCGCCGGUGCUGAUGUGGAUAGAGGCUUGGGACUUGCUCCUGUCGAAGAUGAAAUCGGACAGCUUCCCCUUCGCGGAGGUCGUCGCCACAUCUGGGAGCGGUCAGCAGCAUGGGUCCGUGUACUGGGCGCAGGGUGCCUCUCGCUUGCUGACGGAGCUAGAUCCUGGCCAGGCCCUGGCACCGCAGCUGAACGGCGCAUUCGCCCGCAUGGAAUCACCGAUCUGGGCUGAUUCCUCCACAGGUGCGCAGUGCGCUCGAAUCGAAGCGGCCGUCGGCCGCCAGACUCUGGCAAAGGCCACAGGUUCUCGGGCCUACGAGCGAUUUACGGGCAUGCAGAUCGCGAAGCUGAUCGAGGAGGAGCCAGCCAUGUACGAGAAGUGCGAGCACAUAUCCCUCGUCUCUUCAGCCAUGUGCUCCCUCUUUUUGGGCGCGUAUGCCCCAGUGGACACCUCCGACGGCUCUGGGACCAACCUGAACAACUUGCAGGAGCUCGGUGGCCUGACCUGGUACGACCCGGCACUGGCGGCUGCUGCCCCAGGCGGCGCGGCAGGACUUCGGGCACGUGGCGCCCUACUUCGUGAAGCGGUAUGGUUUUUCCCCGACCUGUCUCGUCGUUGCCUGGUCCGGCGAUAA